AUGUGGAUAAAGUUGAUCCCUCUUGACUUCACCAGCUCUCUGGAGAACCGAUGGUCAAAUGCCUUUGCUUUUGGAGCCAUAACACCUCUGAUAUUCAGUCUGUUCUUUGGCUUCACCAAUCCGAUACCAUACACACCACCACGCUACCUGAAAGUGUUUGUUUACUUAGUAGCAGCUCUGGAGGUGGGUUUCAUCUGUAAGCCGUUCUUUGCCUGUCUUUCAACACCAUACCAAAUGCUUGGUGGAAUUCUGGGCCUGCUCUAUACACUCACCUGGUUCAUUAUGAAGCUUUGGUAUGUAAUCUGGUGUAAAUGGCCCUCAACAUAUGAUGACAAGAGCUUUGAGGGUUUUUCUCAGCGGUAUGAGUGGUUAUUGGACAUUCCACAUUUACUGUGUUUGGGGUUCCUAGUGUUCCGGUUUGGCUUCAUCAUAGUGAAGGAUCUGCUGAUCCGGCUGAAAAAAUGUGACAAACAGGUAGUAAAGAUACACCAGUACAGAUAUGUACAGAGAUUACUGAGGCGGUCUGCUGAAGUGUCUGUGCAGAAGUGCUGGUUUCAGAGGAUAGUGUAUGAUUGGGAUCCGUAUUUUAAAUUCCCAAACAGGAUCAUCGCCACCGUCGUGCUCUGCUUCCUUGGAGUGUACAUGAUUGUGUUAUGUGAGCAGAUUAUAUCUUCAUGGUGUAUAAGGAAUAUAUAUAAACCAUGGCCUGAUAAUAUAAAGGAAUUUUUACCUGAGACAACUAGGAUCAUACACCUGACCUAUGUAACAUACAGCUGGUACAUCACAUCAGUGUGUGCUGCAGUGUCAUCUGUAACUCACAUCUGUCAUGUAAUGGUGUAUUACAGGAAGCACAUUAAAUCACUGUGGGCUGGAGACAACAAAGACAUACUCCCAAAGACAUACAAACUGAAGGCUUCUGUUAGUGUGGCAGGACUUCUGAAGUAUCCCGGCUACCAGAUUGCCUUCACAUUGUGGGGUUAUCUGAUUGUUCAUUUGGCCAUGUUCACUGUUGCCCUGCUGUUUGUCUACCUGGUUAUUUCACCCAUCCACCAAUACGGCUUUCUCCCCUGGCUGCUCGACUUCAUCAGCUUUCUGACAAAUUUCUUCAUCAUGUUCAUUUUGAUGAGAUUUCAGCGCAUUAUCAUCACACUGUUUUUCCUACAAGAUAAAAAUUCUCAGGAUAAAGAGAAACCACUCGCACUAAAGAACAGGAAGGUUUUCCACAACUUUAACUACUACCUCUUCUUCUUUAACUUAAUCUUGGGCAUUGGGAGUUGUGUGUUGCGAGUAAUCCGGAGCGCCGUUGUGGCCUUGAUGCUGCUGUCACGGAUCGAGCGGACCAUAAUGCCUCAGGGCUUCAAGAAGCUGGACGCAAGCCACUCAACGUGGGUGGGAAUGAUCAUAACAGAUCAUCAUCACAGUAAUCCAGUUCUGGUGUGUUUCUGCCACCUGCUGCUCAAACACACGCUGCAGAGUGUCUGAGGGGACGAGGGUGUAAUACCAGUGUCAGUAAUACCAGAUCCUGCAGCUAAGAAGCGAGCUCUCCUUCGCUGGGUUCUUCUAUACACCUUACUGAGGAACCCAGGACUCAUCCUGCUGAGGAAGCGACGCUGGGAUGUGAAAAGAGAAGCCUUAGAGCUGGCCUUCAUCUGGGCCAUGACCAGACACCGAGACACUAACACUGCAGGAGCUGGCAGAUCUGCACUAACUCUGAUUUCUGCCUUAAAUGGGUAUUGUGUUCAUUAAUAAUAUAAAUAUACAGAUGUUCAGAGUCUCUCUCUCUCUCUCUCUCUUUCUCUCUCUCUCUCUCUCUCUCUCUCACACACACACACACACUCUCUCUCUCUCUCACACACA